AUGGACAAAAUACCUGAACAUAGAAAAAAUGCUUUUAAAGCAAAGUCUGUGUUUAAAGCUGAAGAGUUACGCCGCCGCCGUGAAGAACAACAGAUCGAAAUUCGCAGAAAAAACCGUGAAGAGUCUUUAGCAAAGCGUCGUAAUCUUAAUGUUCCUGCAUCCCCUGAUUCUGAUGAUGAGUCUGCCGUUGCAGUCAUCAAUGCUCAGCUCCAAGAGCAGUUGCCUGGCAUGAUAUCAGGUGUCUUCUCUGACAACGUUGAAGAACAGCUGCAAGCCACUACAAAGUUCAGAAAGUUGCUGUCUAAAGAACGAAAUCCUCCAAUCGAGCAGGUUAUUGAAUGCGGUGUUGUCUCACGUUUCGUUGAAUUUCUGAGAUCUCCUCAUUCCCUUGUUCAAUUUGAGGCGGCUUGGGCUUUAACAAAUAUUGCCUCUGGAUCAUCCCAACAAACUCAAGUUGUAAUUGACGCUGGAGCUGUCCCAAUCUUUGUUGAAUUAUUGAGUAGUCCUGUCGCUGAUGUUAAAGAACAAGCUGUUUGGGCCUUAGGCAAUAUUGCAGGUGAUAGUCCUCCGUGUCGUGAUUACGUUUUGCACGAAGGGGCACUUAGACCUUUAUUGUCCAUUUUGAAUGAACACCAUAAACUUUCGAUGCUUCGUAACGCUACUUGGACCUUAUCAAACUUUUGCCGGGGAAAAAAUCCUCCACCUGAUUGGAGUUUGAUUUCUCCUGCGCUUCCUGUUCUCGCAAAGCUGAUUUAUUCUAUUGAUGACGAAGUUCUUAUUGAUGCGUGUUGGGCAAUUUCGUAUUUAUCAGAUGGAAGCAAUGAAAAAAUACAAGCCGUUAUCGAGUCUGGUGUUUGCCGCCGGCUUGUUGAACUUUUGAUGCAUUCUUCUACAUCCGUUCAGACACCUGCUCUACGUUCUGUCGGAAAUAUUGUUACUGGUGACGAUGUUCAAACUCAAGUCAUUAUUAAUUGUGGCGCACUUCCAGCUUUACUAAGCUUGUUGUCUAGUCCAAAGGAUGGUCUUCGAAAAGAAGCAUGCUGGACCAUUUCCAAUAUUACUGCUGGCAAUUGUGCACAGAUACAGGCAGUUAUAGAUGCCAAUAUUAUACCUCCACUCAUUAAUAUUCUGCAGCACGCAGAUAUCAAAACUCGCAAAGAAGCCUGUUGGGCUAUCUCUAACGCAACAUCUGGUGGUUUGAAUAAACCUGAACAAAUUAAAUAUCUUGUCAGUCAAGGAUGUAUCAAGCCUCUUUGCGAUUUACUGACUUGCAUGGAUAAUAAGAUAAUUCAAGUUGCUUUAGAUGGUCUCGAAAACAUUUUAAAAGUUGGUGAAUUGGAAAAAGUUAAUGGUGUAAACCAAUUUUCAUUGUUUAUUGAAGAAGCCGGCGGUAUGGAGAAGAUUCACAAUUUGCAGAUUCAUGACAAUAUGGAAAUUUAUAAGAAAGCGUACCAUAUAAUUGAUCUAUAUUUUGCGGACGAUGACGAGGAGGAGGAUAGAACCCUGGCUCCUGAAGUAGAUAUGACUUCUAAUCAAUUUGUUUUUCAAUCAGAUUUUAAUUUACCCCAAACUGGUUUCCACUUUGGUGGCGGUGGUGGUGGUG